AUGCCGCCGCCACCACCUCCCAAGAAACCCACCGAGCCCCAGGGCAAAAACGAACGCAACGAAUACAUCCCCUCGUUCAUCUCCAAGAAACCCUUCUACAUCGACGACGCAACCGCCUCCCAAGAAGACUACCUCGAACACCAACGUCUGCAAGCCCAAAAGGACGAAUCCCUCGCAACCCAAAAAUGGUACACCAGAGGCCAACGUGCUGGCGCCGCCACAGCCACAAAAUACCGCAAAGGCGCUUGUGAGAAUUGUGGCGCUAUGGGACACCAGAAGAAAGAUUGUUUGUACCGGCAGCGGAAAAUAGGUGCAAAGUUUACCGGAAGGGAUAUUAAGGCGGAUGAGGAGGGUCAGGAUAUCAAUAUGGGUUGGGAAGCGAAACGAGAUCGUUGGAGUGGAUAUGAUGCGCGCGCAUACCAAGAAGUCGUGGACGAAUACAACGACUUGCAAGCCAUCAAGGAUGCCAAACGUAAAGCUUCUGGAAUCCCCGAGGGCGAUGAGGACGACGAAGCAACAAAAGCAGAAGACGGAGACAAAUACGAAGAAGAAACAGACAUGGGUCGCAAACAGCCAAACUCAUCCCGAAACCUGCGUCUGAGAGAAGACACAGCAGGCUACCUCAAANACCUCGACCUCGAAUCCGCAAAAUACGAUCCCAAAACCCGCACUUUAAUCGACGACGCAGAAGGAGAAUUCCAACGAGCUUCCGGCGACGCUGCAGAAUUCGCGCGCGCCCAGCGCUACGCCUGGGAAACCGCUGAGAACAGCGGCAGCAACAAUGUCCACUUGCAAGCCAACCCAACAGCAGGCGAACACUAUCGCAAAAAAGAAGCAGAAGAAGCAGCAGCAAAAAAAGAAGCAACCCGCAAAGCCCUGCUAGAAAAAUACGGCGGACAAGAACAUCUAGCCCCGGACCCUCUCAAACACGCCGCAAUCACCGAAAACGAAGUCUUUGUCGAGUACGACGCGCGUGGCAGAAUCAAAGGCCUGCCCGAGAAAAAGGAAAAAUCAAUGUACAGAGAAGACGUGCUUCUCAACAACCACACCUCGGUCUUUGGCUCUUGGUGGAAAAACUUCACCUGGGGCUACGCCUGCUGCCACUCAACAAUCAAAAACAGCUACUGCGUAGGCCAAGCAGGAAAACUCGCUUCCCAAAAUGCCGAAAAGCUAUCUUCCGGCUCUGUUCUCCUCGACGAUCCUUCAACUCUUGAAUCCACCACCGCAACAAACGUCCCAAAAUCAAUAGCUUGGAAGGAAGAAGAGCGAAAUGAAGAACACGUCCCUAAUGCACCAGACAGAGCCGAGAAAACCAAACUAGACGACCAAAGCAGCAGCAAACCAGCACCAGAAGACAGAAAAAGAAAACUGGAUGAGAUCAGAGAUGGCGUGACGGAAGAAGAAUUGGACGAAUACAGGAGAAAGAGAAGUGCCGGUAAUGAUCCCAUGGCUGCAAUGUUGGGCAAGGACGAAUUGAUCGAGUGA